AUUCAUUAUUUUAUCAUUUUAACUCUAUAAAAUAUUAUAAAAUAAUUUAAUAAUAUGAUCUCAUAAAAUAAUAGUGAAAUAGUUGAGAUUAUAAAUAAAAAAUGACGUUGAAGAAGAAACCGGGCAAGGAAGGUUCCACAAAGAACUUUAUCACCAGAACUCAAGCAGUUAGAAGGCUUCAGGUUUCUCUACGUGAUUUUCAACGCCUUUGUAUUUUAAAAGGAGUUUAUCCGAGGGACGUGGCAAGGGGAGGUACACUAACUAGCAAGGGUAUAAAUAGGAGAAGGCUUAAGAAGGAUAAAAUUUACUACCAUAUAAAUGAUAUUAGAAAUCUAGCAUCUGGAGAAUUACUGCCCAAGUUUAGGGAUAUAAGCUCUCACUUGAAGAAGUUCAAAAGACUGGUUGAAAGGGGCGAAAAAUUUGACGCGAAGUUAAAGGCACAAACCAGGCCCAGAUAUUCCCUGGCGCCAAUAGUCAAGGAAAGAUGCCCUUCACUAGUCUCAGCUUUAGAGGACCUUGAUGAUGCAAUUUCUACUAUCGCAGCCGUCUCAGGAUUGUCUGGAGAUGAGUCUAGAGGUUUAAAUCCUACGUUAGUUUCAAAGUGUUCGACUCAUUUGAGUCACUUUUUGAAGUACGUUGCUGACACUGGAUGCCUUAAAAAGACUUUCAUCUCAAUUAAAGGCUUUUAUUUUCAAGCAGUUAUCCUCAACGUCACUGUUACUUGGAUACAACCACACUCUUUUUCACAGAAACUGCCGUAUGAAGUUGAUUUCAAUGUGAUAAGUACUUUCGUGGAGUAUUAUUUAGAACUAGUAAAGUUAGUGAAUUACAAGCUUUACUUAAUGUCGAACAUUGAAUACCCGCCCAAAAUAAGGCCAGGGUUUGAAGAUUUGGGAGAUGAGUUCUGUUACUUUGAACUCAAAAGAGUGGCUUCAGAACCAGGCCUUUUUGCGAAUCUCCGCUUCUUCAUCUCGAGGGAGGUUCCACUUACGCCCACCGCACUUGUGGUCUUAAGUGCAGGAGGUCUGUUAGUUGACUCUCCUAAAGAAGCUACUCACGCAAUUGUUGACAAACCACUCACAGAGCUCGAAUUCUCAUGUAAUUACGUACAACCUCAGUAUGUAUUUGACUGUUUGAACUGCAACGUCGUCCUUCCAACAUCACAAUAUUCACUUGGAAGCAAAUUACCACACCAUCUAUCACCUUUUGAGGAUGGAGCAUAUGUGCCUGAUCGUAAGGUGGAGUUGGAGAAGAUAAUAAGGGAGGCAACCGGCAAAAAACCAGAAGAAGAAGGAGGAGAUAAGAAAAAGGAUAGUUAUAUUGAGGAUCUGUCGGAGGAGCUGAAUCCGGAAUUGAGAAAACUUAGAAGGUCUCUGAUGCCGAAGAAACAUAAAAGACUCCUAUCCAAAAUCGAGUAUGCCAAGGAGAGGAAGGAAGCAGAAGCUAGAAAAUUAGCAUCCAGAAAAAAAAAUUAAUUUAUUAAAACACA